UAUCGACGUCGUUGAAGUUCGUGCGCUCCGUGUGUGUGAUUUUUUUUUCUGCAAAAAUCUUAAUUGAAAAAUGGCCCAAUAAAACUGAGAAAGGCAACUGACGCGUGAAAUGGGUGCGCGUUAUCACAUGCACAAGGAGACCACGAUCAUCAGAAGCAGCAGCACAAGCACCAACAGCCGCAGCAGCACUGUGUGUUAAGAGUGUCGAAAGUGUAGUGUAGUGACGUGUGUAAUUGAGUGACGAACGCAUCUGAAGAGAAAGGGUAGAAGCUAGCAGCACAAUGACUCAAGUCCUUGACGACCCUCAGCCGCAAGCUGAGGCAAAAUGCAAAACAAAACGGGCUCACAAGCGACGACAGCGACGAAAGCGUCGUCAGAUUGCUUAUCUAGCCAUAUGCAGUUUAAGUGUGGCUGUAUUUGGCUUUAUUUUGGCCACUUUAAUACGGCCAAGUGCCGCUCAGAUUAAUGGAAAACAAACGGUAGCAGUAGCAUCACCGGCAGAUAAUAAGGGAAUAUCCAGAGAUACAGGCAGUAGCAAACAGAAAUCCGCAGAUGCACCAGCAUAUUGGCGCAAAGGCUAUUCAGGUCAUGGCACAACACACGAACAACAGGGGCAGGUCCAUUGGCCGCCAGUGGAAUUCACACCAUAUAAAUCGAAAGCCAACUAUACAAAGGAUACAUGGUCUAGCUCUACGGCCAUGAGCCCUAUAUAUAAUUUCACGCACUUUCUAUACGAUUCCAUACUGACAUAUGAGCCAGCCUUACCGCCAGGUUACAUUGUGAUUAAGGAUAAGGAUACGUUGGCACUUGGCCCCAAGGUUGAGCAAAACGAUUGGGCUGCCCUUUUGGCCGAGUAUUGGCUGAUAUUGGCAUGGGUGUUCUUUCUAUUGAUACUUAUCAUUCUGAUACCGUUUAUAGCUGUCUGUUAUUGCUGCUUUUGCUGCUGUCGCCGAUGUCGGCAAGGAUGUCCGCCUUGUACUAGCAAACAGGAUGCCCGAAGACGUUGCUGCUGUGGCAUUUUGCUGCUCCUACUAAUCAUUGGCUUAAUUUUUGGUAUCAUCAUUGCCUUCGCCACGAAUAGAAUGCUCAAUCAGGGCUUUGAGGAUACAACCACUACAAUUCGUCGUGGUAGCGAAGACACUUGCACAUUCCUCAGGGAUGUAUCAAAUCACAUUUACCAUUUGUUUGUCUACAACUAUGAAGAGGUGGAAACUCAUUUGAUUGACUCCUUAAAUAAUGCUCAUAAACAUAUAUUCCUGGAUCUGGCGGAUACCUCAGAGAGCAGUGCUUUAUCUGAGCUGGAGCGCAUCUUAGAUAAUAUGCCUGAGGCGUUAGCUUUAAUGCGACAGGUGGAUAAAUUGGAAAAGGAUUUGCGUUUCUAUGGCUCUCAAUUGCGAGAUGGUGUUCGCGGUCUCAAACGUGAUAUUAACUACAAUGUAGCCAAUUUGUGCAAUACACAGCAGUGUCAGAAUUUCCUAGAGACCUCAAAUAUUGAAUUAAUAGAUACAUCGAAAUGUAUACAUUUCGAUCAGAUACCAAAUACUACCGUCUAUGUAGAGAAUAUGGCAGAAAUAAUUCAGGAAAACUAUGCUAUCAUACCGAAAAUGGCAAUUGAACGUUUACAAACGGUUAACGAAAAGGUUCGAAUGGUUAUGUCUCAUGUGGUGCCGCCAUUGAUACGUGAUGUCCAGGCCGGCAAGGAAAUAUUCCAAACUCAGGCCACCAAUAUACGCAACAUUAUUGAUGCUGUAUUAAGUGAUAUACAUUUAAAUACAUUACGCUCGACCAAAUCAUUUGAUGAUGUCUAUGAAAAGUUUGGCGAAGAUCGAAGUCUUGUCAGUGUCAUUGUUUGCAUGCUGAUACUAUUGAUAUUGUUCGUCUUGAUUAUUGCAUUAUUGUGUGGCUGCUUUGGUAGGAGACGAAGCGGUUAUGGCGAUGAUUGCUGCAGCAAGGCCACAGGGGCCACAUGUUUGCUCCUUGCUAUCUUAUUGAUAUUCUGCGUAUUCUCAUUCAUCACUCUCGUUGGCCUGCUGUACUUUAUGAUCGGAUUGGUCACAUAUCAGGGAGGAUGUGCACCAUGGAGAGAUCAGGAUCAAAAUGCUUUGUUCCGUCAAAUAGACUCUGUGAUUGAUUUAAAUCGCUAUUUACCCAAAGAAACUAAUAGGGAUAAUGAUGAAUUGGUCGUACCACCAUUCCGGAUGUCAAGUGCGAUUAAAGCCUGUGAGGCAAAUCAAUCCAUAUUCGAUAUGCUGCGUACCAAUAAAAUCUAUGACAUUAAUGAUAUUUCUCGCAUAUCGGUAAUGACCUCGCACGAGAGCGACGAUUCCGAUCAUGGACCCAUUUUCAAUGAGGAUCUCAGCACUGUUGUUUUACUCACAGCUGAAGAGAGGAAUCGUCUCAAUAAGUUGCGCAAUGGCAAUUUAUCAACGUAUCAUAGUAGCUUAUAUAUGGAAUAUCUAUGCAAAGAAUUUACCCCAAUGGAUUUACGAUCAUUGGCUCAAAGUAUAGAUUCGAUGUAUAAUUCACUCGAAUAUCCGACAUAUGCCUGGGCAAAGAUACAGUUCUACAAUGCGGUCUACAGCAUGAGGGCAUUCCAUGAUAAUUUCGUGAUCAAACUUUCCGGAAUUGUGGAUAAAAUGCGAGAGAAUCUAAAGAAAAUUGAUGAAUUAAUCUUGUAUGAGAAUCAUGAUUUCAAUAGCUCAAUUACCAUACUAGUGGCUGCUGUUCUUAGAUCCGAGCACUUUAUACAAACACGAGGCAAAGAGUAUAUCAAUUUGCUUGGAUCAAAUCUAACAGUUGAGUUAACUGAACAAAUUGAAGACUAUGUCAAUAUGGUUAUCACUGAGAGUAAUGACAAUGUGGGUCACUGUGCGCCACUUUCCUAUAUAUAUUAUCGCGGCGUUGAUUUGAUAUGCCAUCGGCUGGUCGAUCCCAUUAAUGGAUUUUGGGUUGGCGUUUUGCUUUGCUCGUUGCUCUUUAUACCCAUAUUAUUUGUGGCCCAUCGCUUGAUGUGUUUGUAUAAGAAAAUCUAUCCUUAUAUUGCCACUGUCGGUGCUGCAGCAGUUGUAGAGGGCGGCAGCGACUAUUUAUACGAUGCCUAUAGCGAGCGCGAUCGCGAGCAUGUGCCAUUGGCUAAUGUGCCAAAGAAACGGCGCAAGGCCUAUGAACGACGACGAGAACAGCAGGAAUACUAUGAGGACGCAUCGCCACGACACUCAAGAGCAGCUCGCUCGAACGGCGGUGGUGGCGGCGGCGGUGGAGGUGGAGGAGGCUGUGAUGAUGCAGCUCCUGGUAGCAGCAAUAUGCGUUAUAACGACAUGGCACCCACGCACUGGGACCAUGAGCCGCCACGCUAUCAUAAUCCGCCAGCAGCACCACCUUCAUCCGAAUAUGAGCGUCCACCACCAUACUAUUAUCCGGGCGCCUCUGAGCAGGAUUAAAUCAAAUGAAAUCAAAUCGUUCGGACUUGGGCGCAAACAGCUUUAGAGGGGGAAGGAGACCAGAAAGUGGCAACAAGAAUGCAGAAAGAUGCAAGAAUUUAAUUUUUAAUACCAAAACUUGAGUUUCGCUCUAUAUAAACCCUAUCCCUAUUAUUGAGA